UGGGCGUGCACGCCAUGAUGAAGAAGUGGCAGCGCACCGGUUGCAUGCUGCAGAUGGAUGGCUGGUGCGACAGGCGGAACCGGCCGUACAUUAAUGUGAUGGUGUCAUCCCCCAUCGGAACGGUAUUCUGGAAGACCACAUGCAUGGAUGGGAAGGACAAGGAUGCGGCAGCGUACUUCCGGAUAUUGGAUGGGGUUAUCAAGGAGAUCGACGAGGAGGCGGUGGUGGGCGUUGUGAUGGACAACGCUAGAGUGUGCGUCAAGGCCGGCAAGAUGGUGGAGGCAGCCUACCCACGCAUGUUUCGCGUGGGGUGCACUGCACAUGCCCUCGAUUUGGCACUCGAGGACAUGUACAAGGAACUGGAGUGGUUGCGCAAAGCUGUGGAUGCAGGGUUGAAAGUGGGCAAGUUCUUCCACAACGUGGACAAGGCAAGGGCGUUGUUCCUCGUGUACAGUCCGAAGUCCAAGUUGAAGCGGUCGGGGGUGACCCGUUUCGCAACCAACCACGAGAUGCUAGCUUCCUUGAAGAAGACCAAGAACCCGCUGAAGAAUUGUGUUGAUGACGCUGCGUGGGUGGAGAAGAUGGUCAGGACGGACCAGCUCCCUGCGUUCCACGAGGUGAUGGCCAUUGUGUUGGGAAAGGACGACUUCUGGCUGAUGGUCGACAAGGUGCUGGCGGUGAUGGGGCCAGUAGUGACGCUGCUUCGUCUCGUUGAUGCGCCGGGGCCGUCCAUGUCGAAGGUGUAUUUCAAGAUGGACUCGCUCGUCGCACAGAUGCGCGAGCUUGAUUGCUUCACGGCGGGCGAGAAGGCCGAAAUCGAGGACAUCUUGAUGCGGAGAUGGGCAUUCAUGACCAGCGAGCUGCAUUGCAUUGCUGCGUUCCUCGAUUCGGAGCACCGUCACACGAAUGCCUUGCGAGAUCCUGAGGUGCGCGCCGGAUUCAACAUUUGGCUUCUGUCGAGGGCGCCGGACGACCAGCAGACACGUAACGAGCUCAGCCACCAGGUUGACAUGUGGGUUAACCUGGACGGGUCGUUCAAAUCACAAGAAGCUGCGGAAGCAACACGUGUGCAGCCCGCGGCUCUGUGGUGGGAGGCUUACUGCGGGAAGUUGGACCUGCUCCAGCCACAAGCAGUCAAGUUGUUGGGCCAGGCAAGCUCCUCCGCCGCAUGCGAGCGGAAUUGGAGCUUGCACGAGCUUAUUUUCGGCCGCAGGCCAGCUGGAACACCCAGCUGUCGCGGGCGGCCUUGCGGGGAGAAGGGGGAGAUGUGCACAUUCCAUGGGAGGACGACACGCCGUUACAACACAUGGAUAGCAACGGCCAUUGAUCCCGCUGCUCUUGCCGCCGAUGCCGAUGUGUUGGCAGAAGAUGUGGAGGUGGGUGAAGAGGACGGUUCGGAGCCAUUGAUGCGGACGUGGCAGCGAAAUGAUGUCGCAGAUGACGAGGAAUGCAACGAGGAGGACAUGGCUCUGCUGGGUUCGUUGGAGAGGGAAUGGCACGAGUGCACGAAACCCAGCCGUCGCAGAAAGCAAGACCUGCGGAGAAGAUCUGGCAGCUCGCUGCCCCCCCCUUCAGUUGUGUACACAGAGGCGGAUCGGGCGGCUGCACUCAAGGCACGACUGGCAGGCACUUGGGUGGAACGUCGACGGGAGUCAACCACCAGGGAAAAGCGUGUGAGGAAAAGAGCACGAGCGGCGGGCGGGGCGGGAGGGGCUGAAGCUGAAGUGUGCGUGACCCAGCCAAAGAAGAAGAGGGGUCGACCAUCGUCGGCUGAAGCUGCAGCAAAGAAGGCUGAGAUGGCAGCAGCCAGGGCUGCUAAAGCAGCAGAAAAAGCGGCCGCAACGAAAGUCGCGGCCGACAAGGCCCGAAAAAAAAAAAAAAGGUCGCCGCCGUCGAUGUGAUUGAGGACGACCCAUUAGGGGACGAUGAGUCCUCGUCCAGCUCGUCCGAAGACACGGAUGA